AUGGACAAGGAGUUUAAGGCGAUGUUCCAGCAGCUGAUGGAGUCGCAGCAGAAGCUCAUCACCGAACUGGCCAUGUCCCGGACGGCACCAUCGACGACGCCCGCGCCUGGUACGUCGACGACCGAUGCCCGUAUGGAAGCUCUAGCCAACUCCAUGACGGAGUUCCACUACGAUCCGGAAUCUAACCUCACAUUUGAGAACUGGUACGCCCGCCAUGAGGAUACCCUGAAGUGUGACGCUGCCGGUUUGGACGAUGCUGCCCGUGUUCGUCUCCUGCUUCGUAAACUCAGCGACGCCACCCACGCAGAGUACAUGAACCACAUUCUGCCGAAGAUGACGAGGGACUACAAGUUCAGCGAAACUGUGGACAACCUGACGAAGCUGUUCGGCGCUCACGUCUCUCUCUUCUCCAAGCGGUACCACUGCCUCACGCUGACCAAGAGGGCCUCGGUCGACUUCCAGUCGUACGCCGGGCAGGUAAACCGCUGCUGCGAGGAUUUCGGUGUGGCCCAGUGCAGCGUCGACGCAUUCAAGUGCCUCAUAUUCGUGUGUGGCCUACACAACAAGCAGGACGCUGAGAUUCGCACAUCUCUGCUGGCGAAGCUGGAAGGAAACGCGAACAUGACCCUGGACAACCUCACUGCUGAAUGUCACCGCAUCAUCAAUCUCCGCAAAGAUGCGUCUAUUGUGGAGGUCUCAAGUGACAAGUCAUCGGUGAAUGCGAUCACCCACGGCCGUUCUGACAGCACACGACACUCAUCAGCUGAUCAGAAGCCCACUGCAACACGAUCGCGCUCCCCUCACAACUCCAACAACAACAACCCACACAUUAGCAGCAACAGUCGUGGUGGCAGCAGCAAAAACAAUAACAAACCACGAACACCGUGCUGGAAGUGUGGCGAGCUGCACUACGUGGAGUUUUGCCAGUACCUGAACCAUCGCUGCCGGGAUUGCAACCGGGUCGGUCACAAGGACGGGUACUGCCAGUGUGUGCGGUCGAAUCCAGGUAAAAAGCGUCGCGAGAAGUCCAGCCAGCCAGUGCACACCAGGGGGAUCUACGUGAGACAGCUAGCUGUUCACCGCAACCGAAAGUUUGUGACCGUGGUGAUUAAUCACGUCGAGCUUCAACUCCAGUUGGACUGUGCUUCCGACAUCACCGUCCUCACGGAAGCCAGCUGGAACCGCAUCGGACGACCACCAAUGGAGCCACCGUCGCAGCAAGCUCGGACUGCUUCCGGACAGCCGCUGGACCUGAUCGGCGAGAUCGUCUGUGACGUCACGCUGAAAGGAGUGCAUCGUUCAGGUAAAGUGUACGUGACCAACAUUAACGAUCUGAACCUUUUAGGCCUCGACUUCAUCGAUCUCUUCAACCUGUGGGAUGUCCCCCUGAGCACGGUUUGCAACCUGGUGACGUCAUCGAAGGACAACGUGGAGUGGCUGAAAGCGUCGUUCCCGCAGCUGUUUUCCGACUCACUCGGAUGCUGCAAGAAGGCCGAAGUGAAACUUUACGUUUUGCCAGACGUUCAGCCAGUGUUCCGUGCCAAAAGACCCGUGCCGUUUGCCGCCCUGCAGCCGAUCCAAACCGAGCUAGAACGCCUCCAGAAGCUGGACAUCAUCUCGCCGGUGGAAUUUUCGGACUGGGCUGCCCCCAUCGUUGCCGUCAAGAAGAAGUCCGUCAACGGUGAGCCAAACAAAGUGCGAGUGUGCGCGGAUUACUCGACUGGCCUAAACAGCCUCAUCCAGCCGAACCAACAUCCGCUGCCAUUGCCCGAGGAGAUUUUUGCCAAGCUUACGGGUAGCAAGAUCUUCACGCACAUCGACCUGUCGGACGCGUACCUGCAGGUGCCCGUCGAGAAGGAGUCCAGACAGUACCUGACGAUCAACACACAUCUGGGCCUGUUCGAGUUCAACCGCUUGUCGCCCGGUGUCAAGUCAGCCCCUGGCGCCUUCCAGAAGAUCGUCGAGUCGAUGGUCGCUGGCCUCGACGGAGUGGAGGUUUACCUCGACGAUGUGCUCGUCCAUGGCAGAACACCGGAAGAGCACCGCUCACGUUUGCUGAAGGUCCUGGAACGCAUCCAAGAGUGGGGUUUCACCCUGCGCAUCGAGAAAUGCUCGUUUUUCAUGCCGGAGAUCACCUAUUUGGGAUUCAUCGUCAACAACCGAGGAAUCAGGCCGGACCCUUCCAAGACGUCCGCCAUCUGCAGCAUGCCACCCCCGCAUGACGUCAGCAGUUUGCGUUCCUUCCUCGGUGCGAUCAAUUUCUACGGAAAGUUUGUUCGCAACAUGCACGACCUCCGACACCCACUCGAUGCCCUGCUGCGCAAGGAUGCCAAGUGGGACUGGAACGAAAGCUGCCAGGAGUCGUUCGAGCAAUUCAAGAACCUGCUCCGGUCGGACCUGCUUUUAGCGCACUACAACCCUGAGCUGGAAACUAUCGUCGCCGCUGACGCGUCCAACUACGGUGUCGGCGCGUGCUUAAUGCAUCGAUACGAUGACGGCUCGAUCAAGGUGGUGUGUCACGCGUCCCGAACGUUGACGUCGGCCGAGCAGAACUACGGUCAAGUUGAAAAAGAGGCUUUGGCGCUGAUCUUCGGUGUUACCAAGUUUCAUCGCUUCAUCUGGGGACGGAGGUUCACACUUCACACCGACCACAAGCCGCUGGUCGCCGUGUUCGGGUCCAAGAAGGGAAUCCCGGUACACACCUCCAACCGUCUUCAGCGAUGGGCGCUGAUCCUGCUGUCCUACGAGUUUGACAUCGAGCACAUCUCAACGCAAGACUUUGGCUAUGCUGACAUGCUCUCGAGACUGAUCGACGCGCGGAUCAAACCGGACGAGGAUUUUGUGAUCGCCGCAAUCCAGCUCGAGGACGAACUUGCAGCGGCCAUGGACGAAGCACUCAACAUCCUGCCAGUUACCUUCAAGCACCUACAAGUGGCCACAAGCAACGACAAGCUACUGCAAGACGUCAUCAAGCAUGUCCAAUCUCGCUGGCCCGGGGCAAUCAAGCUGGUCGAUGCUGAACUUCGCCCGUUCUACGCGCGAAAAGACGCUCUCUCCGUUGUUCAAGGGUGUCUCAUGCUGGCUGACCGCGUUGUCGUUCCCCAGCAGUAUCAGCAGCAGGUGCUCAAGGCGCUCCAUCGAGGACACCCAGGUCAAGAACGCAUGAAGAAGGUGAUGCGAAGUCACGUGUACUGGCCAGGUGUGGAUCAAGACGUGGACGACUUCGUUCGUUCGUGUCACGCCUGCGCUGCGGUGGCCAAGGCCCCCACCAAAACUCUGCUGUCGUCGUGGCCCCUAGCAGAGCAUCCCUGGCAGCGCCUCCACGUGGAUUUCGCUGGUCCUGUCGAGGGUCACUACUUUCUGGUGAUAGUGGACUCGUACAGCAAGUGGCCUGAAAUAUUCAAGACACCAACCAUCACAGCGAGGACAACAAUCGAUCUGCUUUUCGAAACGUUCGCUCGCUACGGGCUCCCAGAGACGAUUGUUUCUGACAACGGUACGCAGUUUACUAGCUCGCUCUUCAAGGAAUUCUGCGAAUCGCUCGGCAUCAUCCACAUCCGCACUGCCCCGUAUCAUCCCCAGUCAAACGGGCAGGCCGAAAGGUUUGUGGAUACGCUGAAAAGGAGUCUGAGGAAGAUCAUGCCAGGAGCUGGGCAUGACAUUGGACGUUCGCUGCAAAUCUUUUUGUCAGCCUACCGUGCCACUCCUAACAAGUCAGCACCUGAUGGACUGUCACCUGCUGAAGUCUUGAUGGGGAGGAAGCAUCGCACAACUUUGGACCUGCUCAAACCACCGUCGGAACACCGGGUUGCGCUGCAGAGGAACCAGCGGCAAGAAGAGCAGUUCAACAAACGGCACGGGGCACGAAAGCGUGAAUUUGGCAAAGGCGAUUCGGUUCACGCAAGCACAUUCGUUCACGGCAAGCUGGUCUGGCAAACUGGCACAGUAAUCGAACGCGUUGGCAACGUGAUGUACAACGUCUGGCUGAACGACAAGAAGCGGCUCAUCAGGUCUCACACGAACCAACUCCGUGCUCGGGGGGGCUCAAAAGUCGAGGCCUAUCCGGAAGAAGCUGAGUCGGAGGUCAAGCUACCUCUGCACAUCCUGCUCGAGGACUUCCAGAUCAUCGAGGAUCCAGUAGUAGCCGAGGAUGAACAGCAGGCGCCGCCUGCACCACCGCAACGUCGAGCCAGGGUUCGACCACCGUCGAUUCUUCGUCGGUCAACUAGGAUUCGCCGUAUGCCGGAGAGGUACAACCCGUACUUCUACACCUAA